CGGGACCAGUGUCCAACCGAAAGUGAGAGUGAUCACAUCGAUCGGAUCGGUUCGCUAUUGUGCUCUGUUAGUGUUUUGUUUUGUUUUGUUUUGUUUUGAUAGAUUCGAGAUAAUCUGACACGACUGUUUGGCAUGCUAUCCGUUCUGGCAAGGCGAGGAAUCGCACGAGAGAAAUGCUACGGGGCUGUCCGGUUGGUAGCUCAGAGAGCUGCCUCCACCGAGAGGGAACCGAGCAAGACCGCUCUGUAUGAAUUCCAUCAAAAACACGGUGGAAAACUUGUUGAUUUUGCCGACUACUGGCUGCCCGUUCAGUACAGCGAUCAAAGUAUCAUCAAGUCGCAUCAAUACACCCGGGAGUGUGGUUCGAUUUUCGAUGUGUCUCACAUGCAGCAGACUUAUCUGAGAGGCAAGGAUGUCAUCAGCUGUUUCGAAUCGGUUUGCACCGCCGACAUCAAGGGACUGAAGAAUGGCACCGGAACUCUAACCGUGUUUCCCAAUUCCAAGGGUGGUAUUUUGGAUGAUUUGAUCGUGAACCGGGUCUCGGAUGAUACACUUUACGUCGUAUCGAAUGCAUCACGAAAGCAAACGGAUAUGGCCGUUAUAAACGAUGCAGUGGCAGUUUUCAAAGCGAACAAAAAAGAUGUUUCGGUGGAAUUUCUUCCCAGCGACGAACAAUCACUGCUGGCUGUUCAAGGACCAGCCGCAGUGGCAGCCGUGCAGAAGCUUUGCACCACCGACUUGUCCCGUUUGUUCUUCAUGAACACCAUCAGCGACACAAUCGCCGGAGUGGAAAAGUGUCGCAUCACUCGCUGCGGAUACACGGGGGAGGACGGUCUCGAAAUCUCAAUCCCAUCCGCCAGGGCCGUGGAAAUCGCGUCCGCUUUGUUGGACUCGAAAGUUGGCAAACUAAAACUGGCUGGUCUCGGAGCCCGGGAUUCGCUGCGAAUAGAAGCGGGACUGUGUUUGUACGGAAACGAUAUCGACGAAACGACGACCCCGGUGGAGGCCGGUCUGCUCUGGUUGGUGGCUAAACAGCGCCGGGUGGAGAAAAACUUCCCCGGGUCGGAUGUCAUACUGAAUCAAAUCAAAAACGGAGUAACACGGCGUCGGGUUGGAUUCCUGAUGACCUCCGGUUCGGCGCCAGCACGGCAGCACGUGGAAAUCUACGACAAUGAGCAGCAUAAAAUAGGUGAAAUCACCAGCGGCUGUCCCAGUCCUUGCUUGCAGCGGAAUAUCGCUAUCGGCUAUAUUCAGGAAGUAUCGAAAAAGGUAGGAACGGAAGUCAUGCUCAAGGUUCGGGACAAAUUUUAUCACAGCCAGGUUGCCAAGAUGCCCUUCGUGCCAACAAAUUAUUAUCAACCACCGAAAUAAAACGCAUUUUUGAUAAUA